UCUCCCCAAGCGCAGCGAAGAUGCUCCAUCAGAUCAGGAAGGGGUUAAAAAUGAACUGGAGGAGGCGCAGCGGCAACAGCAGUCAACUCGCUAGCUUGGGUGGAGUGGAAUGUUGACAUGAAGAGCCGCAAAUUAGCCGAGCAGACGGCUCUUGCGUGAAAAAAAAAGCAAGCGCAAAAAAUAGCGUCCCAAGUGUCCUAAAUUCGUAGUAAUAACCGCUAUAGCUAAGAUGAGCGAAGUGAGCGAGGAGUCGUUGCUGGAUUACUUCUACUCCACUGCUGGCAGCUCAGGCAAAGUGAGAAAUGCAGACAUACUGAAGACCUUUAAGCCUUUUAUUGGUCACACUGAUGUGCAGUUGCGUGCUAAAUACAGAGAAGAAUUCAAGGUCAUUAUUGACCGAAUUGCUGUGGUCAAGUCCGAAAACGGAGAGAAGUAUCUUUUCCUCAAGAAGAAAUACAGACAGCUGCUGCAAGCGCGAGACAAAGACAAAACUGACCUGCCUGAUGUGGACGGGCAGAGACAUUUGAGUUCCACCGCAGUGCCAGCAACAGCACAAUGGGAGGUAACAGACACCUCCCCUCGUGCCCCCCAGCAGAGGGAAUGUCGGGAUGAGCUGAUUUCAUGCAGCGAGCCAGACAGUGCUACAGAGUGUGAGUCUGAGCAGGACGAGGAGUCGACGGGUAGCAUGGGUUCUGCUGCAGUUGCUCUGGACCCUUUAGAAAAAGAGUGGAUCUACUUUGCAGCUGGCGCUCGAGUUCCUGACCUCUGUCAGCUGCUUCGACAGGACCCAUCACUUGCCAACAAGAAGGACUUCACAUCGGGGUUUACUGCUCUGCACUGGGCCGCCAAACACGGCAACGAGGACAUGGCAACUCUGAUCGCAAAUGCAGGUGCUGAUGUCAACACCAAAUCGCAUGGGGGUUAUACACCUUUACACAUCGCAGCACUGCAUGGGCAUCAGAAAAUUCUUGAUCUGCUCGUAGGAACUUAUGGUGCGAAGGAGAAUUUGAGGGAUUACAGUGGCCACCUUGCCUUGCAGUAUCUCAACCCCAAAGAAGCAGACGGUGCCGAGGAGGACUGUGAGCUGCCAGCAGAAUUUCAAGUGUCCCAGGCCAGAGAGCGUAACAGGAACCGGAAGUUGGCGUCACUCUUCCACUCCAAGAAGAAAUGGGGAUCCGCUGAAGACCUGGCGCCCAUCGAGGAAGAGAGGACGACGUCGCAUCAGCUCGCUCUUCCCGCCUUCAGACCCAGGAAGUUCUCCCGCUGAGGGACGACGGACAGUGAGGACCGUUGUGCAAGUUCAAAUCAGCUUUUACAGCUUUUCUAACUUGUGAAUGCGGGUUUUGCUGUUACACACUUAAUUGUCGCUUUCUUGUAAAUCGAUAUCCUGCACACACUCAAGCCGCUUCCACACGUAUUGUGUUGCGAUGUUUUGUGACCAUAACAGUAUUGACACUCAAAUGAAUGUUGCCUUAUGUUAGAGCUCACUUGCUUUAUAGCUCAGGAUCAUUUUCAAGUGAAAGAUUGCUGUUGUGUUUCUGUUUACACUUUAAGCCCGAAAACCAAAAGUAGCUUUUAUUCGCAAAAGCUAAAUAACUACCUAAAAAGUGAAUGCUUUAUUACUUUAGAUUUAAGUAACUGCAGAUUUGAUCCAAAGCUACCACUACCUGCACAGACAGGAGCUGAGUUCAUUUUAAAUCUUGUGUGCUGGAAAUCACUUAAAUGUUAUUGUUUCAUGCCUAUGUUGACCUUUUUUUUUCGUGCACUUAAAUGAGAUGAGAAAAAAACAUAUUUCAAUGAAAAUGAGCUGGGUGCAGCGUGAGUAGUUACUUUUUAAACUUUGAAUUCUUAGAUGCUUUGAAUGUUGCCAUCCAAGGGUUGAAAGACUUGAGACAAGAACAUAAUCUGUUCAAAUUACACAAAUUAUAACCUGUCAAACCACUAGUGUGAGUGACGUUUCCAGACAUUGACACCAUCCAAAAAUCUGCAAAGUUUGAUGCCAGUUAAUGGUUCGAGGUGUCACUUGGCAGCCAUUUGGAGCGCAGGUUUUAUCACAUGACUUGUUCUGAUAAUUCACAUUUUCAGGCUGGCAUCUUCUAAUUAAGUGCCUUACCUGCGUUUAACGCUAGUUUUAACUUGCCAAUGCCAUUUGCAGUGUUCCAUUGCCAAUUUAUAUUUCAAAGGGAAUUCUGUCCCUUGCCGUCUGUGACUUGUAUCCGCCAUGACUAUAAUAUUUGAACAGUCUAGGCAUAUUGUUUAUGGAUAUUAAACAAUUUUAUACUUAACUCA